AUGUGUUACAUGGAUACAGUCCCUGGCCGGAAGCAGGCUCUACUCACGCAGGCCUUCCUCCUAGCUAGCGGGGGCCUCAACCCCCAGACCUCCAGAAAUGACGUCAGAAUCAUUUGCAUCCCGCUGCUUCUACCUGCCCGGUCCAGCUGGGACCCUGCCUCGCCGGCCCCCUGGCCAGAGGGUUGGGUGAGUGUGUAUGGAGAAGAGGGCUGGACUCUGGUCUCCUUGGAUGUGGGGGUACCACAGGCUCACCAGCCUCCUGGGCUCAGCAUGGGCCCCUCCCCAUCCAACCUCCACUCCAGUCCUCAUUCAACUUCCUCUUCCUGCGAAAGAGGGGCGCUGCCCCGUGACCUACACAGACUGAGACAGGAUCGCCAUGAAUGGGGACCUCUGGAAAAGCUCGGGAGCCGAGGCCCGAGGGGUACACCGGAGAACCAAGGGGAGACUCUGGGAGGGGGCUGA